AUGAAGUUCGUAUUCCUCCCGCUUUUUGCGCUUUUCAGUCUUCUUUCCUUCUCGGCAGCCUUGCCUGUCGAGAUGCAGAAUCUUGCUCUCAAGGAAGAGUUUGUCGUCAAGAGAGAACAACAGGAGGAGGUCGCUCCUUUGCAGAAAAGAGAAAACGAGAGACUCACCCGUUUCUUCGCCUCGCUCAACAGAACCGGCGCCGGCGUGUUUUUCGUCAGAAACGCCGUCAACUCCCCCGGUAUCAACAACGCCAUCAUGAGAAACAUUGCUGAUUUGUUCAGAGGCGACGGCAUCGAGGCCUUUUUGCCUGCCGCCGACGAGUCCGGCAUGGCCCUCGACUUGACCCUCUUGUUCUUCACCCACUGGGAGGUCUGGGACGGUCUCACCGACCUCACCCACUACUACAGAGGCACCGAUCCUUCGCAGACGGGCUCUUUGCUUGUGGCGAUCACGAGGUUGAUUUUCCAGAACUUUUUCGGGGACUUUUUCGGCAACAGCACGUUGGGCGGAUUGUUUAAUAUUUUCGGUGGCAGCAGAGGCGCUGGUCCAGCAUCUGGAAUGCGUGGGCUUUUGAGUGGACUCUCUGACAUUUCUAGUUCUGCUUCUGCCGGUGUGGCUUCGUCAGCUGGUGGUUCGUCUUCGUCCGACAGCGACUUUGACGGAAUCUUCGACAUGUUGAGUCUGCUUGGCGGAUCCUCUGAUGAGUCUGACAGUUCCUCCAACAGAACCACCGCUGAGACUUCUGUUGCUGAAACUUCUGUGACUCCCGUUGCUGCCACAUCCGUCACUCCAGUCGACGAGGCCACUUCUGCCGUUGAGGCUCCAGUUUCCACAGACGAAGCCGAGGAGGAGGAAGAGGAAUUGGACAUUGAGGACCUCGAGGACGAGGACGAGGACAGAACUCUCGCCCAGCAAUUUGCCGAUGUCGCCUCCGACGUGGCCUCCUUCUUCAAGCGUUCCGACGACGAGGACCGCAAAAUCAUGAAGCGUGACUCCGACAUCUUGGCCCUCAGAGUGACCAGACUCCUCAAGCGUUUGGAGGACUCUGAAGAGAACGCCGACGAGGACAUCGCCGUGGCCACCAUGGACGACUACAACUCCGCCUGGGACCAGACCACCUCGAUCAUGGCCGAGGAGGACCUGGACUCGCUUGGAAUGUUGAUUUCCUUGCAGAAGUCUGGACUCGGUAUCAGUGUGAUCCACGACGCCUUGACCCACCACAGAUGGCACAGAUUCCUCAAGAACACCAUCGAGCACCUUCUCGAGGAGGACCUUCUUGACUUGGAGCACUUGGUGCGUUCUCUCUUCACCACGGGUGUGAUCUGGAGCGUCAUUGGCGACAUUCUCCAGUCCCACGUCAGAACCGUUCUUGACUUUGCCAGAGGCGUUUUGAGAAACGAUGUCAACGUGCUUGGUUUCCUUAGAGCCCUUCUUACCUAA